GGCGCGGCGGCCGGAAGCGCGGGCGGGCGGCGCGGCGCCCAUGGCGGGCCCGGAGGAGAGCCCCGGCGGCGGCUUCUGCCGGCGGUUCGCGGCCGAGCUGGAGGUGCUGGCCGAGCUGGGAGAUGGCAGCUCCCCGCCCGCCGGGCCGCAGCUCUCCCGGCUCCGAGGCAGGAGGCAGCCGCCGGAGGAGCUCGACCCCCCCGGGGACAGCAGCGCCAGGAAGAGGGACCGGGGCUGUGCCCCCCCCGGCUCGUCGCCCACCCCCCGCACCCCGAAGCCGAAGCGACAGCGCCUGGAAGCUGUUAAGAAGCUCAGCUUUGGUGCGGAUGAGGACUUGGCUCCUGAGGUCCUCUGGGAUGCUGGUCCAGAGACACCUUCUGCUCCCCAGAUUGCCAGCUUGGACCACCUGAAGAAGAGUAGCAUGGCCUCACUGCAAACCACACCACCCUCUGAGAAGAAGCAGGUACUCAAGCGGCCACCCAUCCUGGAGGACUACAUCAACGUGACAUCCACCGAAGGUACCAGGGUCUUCAUGGUGGUGAGGGAUGACCCCUCCAGGACGGGGGUGGAGCUCCCCGAUUCCCUGGGCUGGAACACACGCAGGCCGCUCCACUUGCUGGGGGUGCCUUUCUCCUGCCUGAAGGAACAAGUGCAUGAAGAGCGUCGAAGGUAUGUUCUGGAGGUGUCACAGCAGCUGACAGAGAUAAUAAACAGUUGCCUGGAGAACAAGACCGGUGCCGAAAGCCCGGAGCCUGGUGGGGAAGCGGAGCCGGCAGACAAGGAGGAGUCUGCGCGGCAUUGCCUCUGGGUGGACAAGUUCACUCCCCGGCACUACAUGGAGCUGCUCAGUGAUGAUUACACAAACCGCUGCCUUCUGAAGUGGCUCAAGCUCUGGGACACGGUGGUGUUUGGGAAGGAGCAGGCCGUGAAGAAGGCCAAGCCCAGCACUGAAGCUCGUCCUCCAUUUGGCCGCCCCAAGGAGCAGCAGAAUAAGUGGAAAACGAAGGUCCAGCUCACAGAGGAGAUUCUGGAGGCUGAGCUGGACCAGCACAAGAGGCCCAAAUACAAGGUGGCCCUGCUCUGUGGCCCGCCUGGCUUGGGAAAGACCACGCUGGCCCACGUCAUCGCGAAGCACGCGGGAUACAAUGCUGUUGAGAUGAAUGCCAGUGACGACCGCAGUCCUGAAGUUUUCAAAACCCACAUCGAAGCUGCUACCCAGAUGAAGUCUGUGCUGGGCGCCAACGAGAAGCCCAACUGCCUGAUUAUCGAUGAGAUAGAUGGUGCGCCUGCGGCAUCUAUCAAUGUGCUGCUAAACAUCAUCAACAGCAGGGAUGCGCAGGGUGAGGCAGCGGCGGGCACGGGCCGGAGGAGGCAGCGCGAGGAGAGGCUGCUGCGCAGGCCCAUCAUCUGCAUCUGCAACGACCAGUACGUCCCUGCCCUCCGCCCGCUGCGGCAGCAGUCGUUCCUGCUCAACUUCCCUCGGACGGCACCGUCCCGGCUCGCCCAGCGGCUCUGCGAGAUCGCCCUGCGGCAAGGCAUGCGGGCAGACACGGGCGCGCUGCUGGCGCUGUGUGAGAAGAUGGAGAAUGACAUCCGCUCCUGCAUAAACACUCUGCAGUUCCUGCAUGGCCGAGGGCAGAAGGAGCUGAACGUGCAGAUGGUGCAGACGAUGAAGAUUGGCUUAAAGGACCAAAACAAGGGCCUCUUCUCCAUCUGGCAAGAGAUCUUCCAGCUCCCAAAGGUCCAAAGGCACAGGAUAGGAAUGGACCCUUCUUUGCCAACCCAGCUCCUGGUGGGUGAUGAGGACCUGUUGCACCUCGGGGGGAUGGCUGGCUUCAAUGCAUCCUCCCACCGCUUCCACCACAUCCUGCACCUCGCCAUCUCCUCAGGGGAGCAGGAGAAACUCGCCCAGGGUCUGUAUGAAAAUUUCCUGAACAUGAGGCUGCGGGACUCCAGUUUCAGCUCUGUGUGCUUGGCCCUGGAGUGGCUGGGCUUCUCCGACCUGCUGAACAAGGCUGUCCUGCACAGGCAGAGCUUCCAGCUGAUGCGGUACCUGCCCUUCCUGCCUGUGGUUUUCCACCUGCUCUUCGCGGCCACCAGCGUCCCCCGGAUUGCUUAUCCCAGCAGCCAGUACGAGGCCCUGGCCAAGCUGAACCACAUGCAGAACCUCGUCAUGUCCAUGGUGUCGGGGAUAACGCCCGGUGCCCGCAGCCGUGCGGGUCAGCAGUCUCUCAUCUUGGAAGUGCUCUGUCUGCUGCUGGACAUCAUCACCCCGAAGCUCCGACCGGUGAACACCCAGCUGUACAGCCAGAAGGAGAAGCAGCAGCUGGCAGACCUCAUCAGCACCAUGCUGGCCUACAACCUCAGCUACCACCAGGAGCGCCUGCCUGAGGGCCAGUAUGUCUACAAGCUCGACCCAAACGUGGAGGAUGUCUGCCGGUUCCCGGACCUGCCGGCUCGCAGGCAGCUGACCUACCAGGCCAAGCAGCUCAUCGCCAGGGAGAUUGAGCUGGAAAAGAUGAGGAGGAUGGAGACUUUGCUGCAGGCGCGAAACCCGGGCGAGGAGCCCAGGAAUGGCCUCAGUGAGGCUGGGGAGCAAGCGGAUGCAGGGCCAGCAGUGCCCCCCAACCAUCACCAGCGCCUGGAGCACAUUGUCCGGAGGGCAGCGGUGGAGGACAAGCCUGAGACCGAUUUCUUCGGGCGGCCACUUCGGCAGCAGCGGGCGGCCGUGGCCACAGCCCCUCAGGCCUCCAAGGAAGAGUUGAGUGAAAGCCAGAUGGGGAAGGCCGUGGGGAAGAGCGAUGUCUGGUUCCGCUUUAACGAAGGGGUUUCCAACGCCGUCAGGAGGAACAUCUACAUCAGGGACCUGCUCUAGCGGAGGUGAAGCCCAGGAAAUCCUGUAGAUGGAACUGAAGGGAGGAGCUGGCUUUUGGCUUUCUAACCCAUGGGUGGGGUGUGUGUGCAUGAGCCUCUCUUUAUUUUUUAGUACCCGCUUGUUUUGUUUAAAAAAAUAUUAAAAAAAUAAACAGGAAGUAUUGCUGUUUAUUUCAUUUAUAAA